AGUCAAUCAACUAACCAGUCAAUCAGCCAAACAAGGAUUACGUGAUCGAAUCUAAACUAAAAGAGACCUAAAGACUUAAGUGUUACCAACAUGCGUGCUUCCGCCCUCUUUGUUGCCUGUGUGGCAUUAUUUGGCGCCGUCCAGGCUCGUCCUGAGCCACCAUCGCCCUAUUAUGGAUUACCCCAGCAGCAGAGCCAGCGCGCAUUGCCGCUAAAUGGUCAUCCCGCGUCGCCACAUAUUUAUCAGUCAUUGCCCCAGGAGCAAACAUUCGCCAACUUUGCUGCGCCUCAGGCUCAGCCACAGAUGAACUAUCUGCCACCUGUGCAGCAGCAACAGCCCCAACUGGAUGAACAGCUGGCACCAGCUGCUGAGCCACUGAAUGCAUACGAUGACUCCUAUAACAUGGCCCAUCGUCUGUCGGGUGUUCAACACGCCAGCGGUUACAACAACGCACCACAGGAGACCCGUGUCCAUAAGCACAUCUAUGUGCAUGUGCCGCCCAAGGACUUUGAGGAGGAGGAGGCUGUGGCACCACGUGUGCAUCAUGAGAUUGGACCCAAGCAGAAGCACUACAAGAUUGUGUUCAUCAAGGCACCAUCGGCACCAGCACUGCGUCCACCAGUUGUGCCACCACCACCACAGAACGAGGAGAAGACUCUGAUCUACGUGCUGCACAAGAAGCCCGAGCAGGAGCAGGAUAUUAUCAUUCCCACGCCACCACCCACUAAGCCAUCCAAGCCCGAGGUCUACUUCAUCAAGUACAAGACCAAGAAGGAGGAGGCUCCCGUCUAUGGACCCCCACCAGCUGACAUGGAACCUCGUCAGGCUACCGCCGAUGACUUUGCACCCAUGGCUGAUGUAUCCGAUAUUCUGCCCACCACCCUCGCCCCCGAGCCAGAGCCAGAACAGCCCGCUGCCCUGCCCUCAUCCAUCUAUGGCCCACCCACAGCACCCGCCUACACUGGCGAAGAGGUGCAGACCACUUUGGCAUCGCCAUCCAAUCAGUAUCUGCCCCCCGCAACAGCACCUGCCUCCCUGGCCAUCGAGGAACCCUCCAUGUCGCCCAUCAUUGUGGAGGACCCCGAGCAGCGUCAGCCCACUGAUGCGCCUGCUCCCGCCCAAUCUCAUGUGCCUGCUGCCAACUAUGGCCCUCCCAACCGCUUCUUCCUCAAGAAGCUCAAGUGAAUGAAGGCGCUGUUUUAGCGAAUUUCCUACUUAGUCUAAAUGGCAUGCCACCUACGACACGCCCACACACUCACACUCACACCUACACACGCACACCCACGCACAUCUCGUUUGUUAUAUUUUCCAUAAAAAAAAUUGUUAAAUUGUUUUGUUAAAUCUUGUAGACAAUAAAAUUCGAAUUUACUAAAGUUAA